AUGCUCACCAGCUCCCCACGCCUCCACGUCCGGCGCCCCUCGCCCACGACAGCCGAGUUCACAGUAACGACACGCCCCCCACCGACCCUGGCCGUUCGGCUCCUCUCCGCUUUCCUUCUUGGUCUGCGCGUAGUGGUAUUCUUCUCGUCCAUCCUCCUCCUCCACGCCGCCUGGGUUCAAUCGCCCUACGCCGCGUCCUUCCUCACCCCCUCGCCGACCUCGACGGGAACAUUCGAGCCGGACGAGUACGCAGAAGAGACGCUAUUCUCGGGCGCGACGCUUUCACAGGCUGUGAAGUUUAUCGACAACUCAAUACCCGGCCGCCUAGCCCAGCGUCUCGCUUCCUCGCACGCCAUUCCCCUCCCCGUUCUUAUCGUGGGAUGUCUCCUUGCGGCCUACGCGACGCUGCUGCGCACACAUACGACGGAAAGCCUUCUUGUUCUGCGCGGGCUGGGUAUACAGACUAGUUCGACAAGCGGGAGCUACCUCUCGUCUGCCGCGACGCGGUUCAUCCCGACGGAGAAGAUACAGGACGUCCUCGUCAACGAGGCGUUCAGGGGGUUCGAAGUGCGGUACUACCUGAUUGUCAUCGUCGAAGGGGAGGAGGACCUCGUCGUUGUGUUCCCGCAGAUAUUACCCCGCAAGAAAAUUGUAGAGACGGUAUGGAGAGGCGUCAGGGGUUGUCUAUGGGAAGGGGAUGGGAGCGGCGGUUACGGGAGUAAGUGGAAGACGGACGAUAGAUGGCAGAAUGCCUGA